AUGGCGGUGCGCCCGCAGCACGUUCAUGAUGGCGGCAUUGUAGAACGCCGGUUGCGACCGAUAUAUGACUGGUUGGACAAUGGAGUGAAUAAGAAAGCGUUGCAAGAAGCAGAGAAAGUACUCAAAAAAAGUCCAUCACUUCAAGCAGCACGAGCUUUAAAAGCUCUCGCACUUUUAAGGUUAGGAAAGAAAUCUGAAGCACAGGGCGUAUUAGAUUCACUUGCUGAAGAGAAGCCUAGUGAUGAUACCACCUUGCAAGCGAUGACAAUAUUCUACCGGGAAUCUCAGCAAUUACAUAAAGUAUGUGCACUAUAUGAGGCAGCAGUCAAAGCGGAACCUGGCAGCGAGGAGCUGCACUCACAUCUAUUUAUGUCAUAUGUGCGUAUAGCCGAUUACCGUGCACAGCAACGUGCUGCUAUGGCUCUUUAUAAAUUGGCACCCAAGAACCCUUACUACUUUUGGGCUGUCAUGAGCAUUGUCUUGCAGGCUAAGUCAACAGAUGAUGUUGCUAAGAAAGGUAUCCUUCUAACUUUGGCUCAGCGAAUGGUAGACAAUUUUAUAAUGGAAAACAAAAUGGAAGCUGAACAAGAAGCAAGACUGUACAUCAUGAUACUUGAACUUCAAGAGAAAUGGGAAGACAUUAUAAAGUUCAUAGAGGGGCCACUAUAUUCACAAGUGGUGCCAGGUUCUAUGGCACAAGCAAGCAUACCAUAUCUUAAAAAACUCGGCCAAUGGAGAAGACUAAAUUUGUUAUGUAAAGAUUUGUUGUGGGAUAACCAAGAUCGUUGGGAUUACUACAUGCCUUAUUUUGAUUCUGUAUUUGAAUUAAUAAAAGGAGCCGAUCCUGAUGCCGAAAAUUGUAACAGCUCUGUAGAUGAUACUGCAGAGAAGUGCCAUGAAUUUAUUUGCCAAUUAGUAGAGAGCAUAUCUUCUGGACGAACAUUGAGGGGUCCAUACUUAGCCAGGCUGGAGCUGUGGAAGCGGCUCUCGGAAGGAGGCGACCCAACAGCCCUCCUGGGAAGUGGGAUGGCGUUAUGUGUUCAAUAUCUUAGAGUCUUUGCAAAUAAAUCAUGCUCCGUACCGGAUAUCAAACCUUAUCUAUCCAUGAUACCACAGAAAGAGCGAGAAGAGCAUUGCAGAGAUUUUCUUACAUGUUUAGGUUUCGACGAGAACAGUGAGCCCGACAAUGCGGCGGAUAUCCAGCGGCACAUCUCGUGCAUGUGCGCGUGGCGCGUGUGUUCGCCGGAGGCGGGAGCGGAGGCGGGCGCGGAGUGGGCGCGCUUGGGCCGCACGCUGUCGGCGCACUACCUGCGCUGCCUCCGCGGCGGGCUCGUGACCGCCUCCGCCACCGAGGCGUGCGCCGCCGACGGCUACGCCACGCUCGCCGCGCACCACUACUUCCACGCCGCCAUGCAGCGGCAGGACGCCGCGCCCCUUGAGGAGGCGCUGGGGCUGCUGGAGCUGGCGCUGCACCACUCGCCCGCCAACCUGCACGUGAAGUUGCUGCUGCUGGCGCUCUACCACGUGCUGGGCGCCGGCGCGGCGGCGGACGCGGCCUUCGCGCGCCUCGAGGCGAAGCACGUGCAGCUGGCGGCGCUGUGCUGGCUGCACGCGGCGCGGCUGCCGGCCGUCUCGCCGCGCGCCGCUCCGGCCCGCCUCGGCGACGCGCUGGCCUUCUACCGCAGCCACGCCAAGGACAGCGUGGAGCACCUGACGUACGCGUACAAGUACGGCACGUUCGAGAAGCUGGUCGAGCUGAACGCGUGGCACGCGCGGCUGGAGGCGUGCGCGUGGGCGGCGACGGCUGCGCGCGAGAGGGCGCUGCUGGCGCUGCAGCAGGCGGCGCCCGCGCCCCCGCCCGAGCUGCCGCCCGCGCUGCCCGACCGGCUCACGGACAACCGCGACCUGGGGGUGAUAGUGAGCUGGGAGCCGCCGCAGAGCCGCGACCCCGACCUGAAGGCGCGCACGUUCGAGCGCGACGUGGCGCUGCUGCGGCUGAAGGACCUGCUGCUGGGCGCCGUGGCGCUGACGGCGAGCGCCGCCGCCGCCCCGCACGAUGGGCGGCCGCUGGCCCAGCUGCGGCAGCGCGCCGCCGCCCUGGCCGAGCACGUGCGCCGCUGCACGGAGCUGUACCGGCGCCCGGAGAGGCUCUCCCUGUCGGCGCCGCUGCCCUCGCGGAUCUUCGCACUGGUGCAAUCGCCGGUGGGCUACGGCGCGCUGUACGAGGGCGUACUGCAGCUGGCACAGGCGGCGUGCGCGCGGCAGGCGAGCGGUGCGGGCGCGGAUGGGGGCGUGGGCGUGGGCGUGGAUGGGAGCGUGGGCGUGGGGGUGGAUGCGGCCGUGGGCGUGGGCGCGGUGGGCGAGGCGGUGGCGUCGCUGCGGGCGCUGGUGCGCGCCGCGCGGCCGCACGUGGCGCCCGCGCCCGCCCACCGCCUGCAGUGGCGCGACUCGCUCGAGCACCUCUCCAACUUCCUGGAGUUCGCGGGCGUGGUCACGUUCGUGGUGGGCGUGUGCCACGAGGCGGUGGCGGCCGCCGGCUCGAGGAGGGCGAGGAAGAGAGCGAGCCAGUCCCCGGACGAGGCGGAGACGGCGCGCCUGCUGGCCGCGCUGGCCGAGGAGCUGGCCGAGCUGUUCGCGGCGGCCGAGGAGCGGCUGCGGGCGUGGCCCGAGCCGGAGCCGGCGCUGGGCGCGCGCCUCUCCGCGCUGGGCCUGCGCGCCGAGUACCGCUGCCCCGUGGCCGACAAGCUGCGCCGCAGCCGCGAGGACGCGCUGCGCCACGCGCGCGACUCGCUCGCCGCCAAGCGCAGGUGGCUCGCCGCGCCCCGC